AUGAAAAAAGAGUGGAAGCUUUAUGACCGCUUAAUGAGGCUUGAAACCGGACUCGGUGGGACGAGAAGCCUAGUAGAUGCGUCGCCUGAGUGGUGGGAGGAGAAAAUAAAGGAGAAUAAAGAUUAUGCCAAAUUUAGGAACACAGAUUUGAGCAUAUUUGAUGAGAAAUAUGCUACUUUGUUUCGGGAUUCUGUUGCCAUUGGAGAUCAGACUAUGACUCCGUUACAAUUUCAAAACAAUAGCAAUCCAAACGAAGAAAUUAUGGAGGGCAAAGGAGAUAGUGAUGAAAUCAAUUUAGAUGAUGAUGAGCCUCUUUUUCCUAGUCUCCAUGAAAGUAGUUCAAGUAAAAGGAAGAGGUCUAAGUCUGUUUCCAACAACCGUCCAAGCAAGAGUAAAAAUUCAAUUUAUGAAGAAAAAGUUGAUGCUUUAUUGGAUGCCAUAUCAUCAAAAAGCACACAAACUUAUCCACAAAAUAAUCCUUCCCCAACAAUAGCAGAUUGCAUGGCCAUUGUCAUCAAGUUUCCCGAGUUACGUGAAGGGUCCAACGAAUUUUCACAAGCAUUGCUUGUCUUCACCAAAAAACAAAAUCAUGAAGCUUUUAUGAUGGAUAGUGAUGAUUCUAAUUCAUCCGAUGAUAGUGAACAAUGUUGGGUGGAAGAGGAUAGAGAAUUUGAAAUGUUAUGUGGAUUAGCUUUGAAAGGGAUAAUGAUCGCGCGUAACUUACGUACGCCAUGUCACACUUCAGACCGCACAGGGCACAUGUUUAUUACUGAAGAUUGCAUUGGUGCUAUAGAUGGGACACACGUCAGGGCAUCGGUUCCACAAAAAGAUGAAGUGAAGUAUAUUAGUCGAAAGGGAUAUGCAACACAAAAUAUAAUGGAUGUUUGUGAUUUUAACAUGUGCUUUACAUUUGUUUGGGCCGGUUGGGAGGGGACUGCACAUGAUACAAGAAUUUUCAAUGAAGCCUUACAGAGACCGGAUCUUAAUUUUCCCAAUCCAACGGGCGAUAAAUAUUACGUUGUUGAUGCCGGAUAUCCAAAUACGAGAGGGUAUCUUGCUCCAUACAAAGACACAAAUAUUCGUUAUCAUUUACCAGAUUUUCGACGUGGACACAUGGCUGCUAUUCGUGAACCUCGUGGACCGAAAGAGAAAUUUAACUAUCUCCACUCAUCAUUGCGAAAUAUCAUUGAACGAACUUUUGGAGUGUGGAAAGCUAGGUGGGCGUUAUUAAGAGACAUGCAUGUUAAUUACAAGUACAAGAACCAAGUGAAAAUUGUGAUAGCAUCGAUGGCGAUCCAUAACUACAUUAGAAAGGUUGGUAGGUCUGAUGAAGCGUUUAAUAGGGCACAACAAGAAUCCUACAAUCCCGUACGAGGUGAUACUGAUAGUGAUGUUUACGAAGAAGGUCCAAGUACACGUCGCACGAGCGAUGGUGAUUUAUAUAUGGCAGCGAUACGGGAUAUUAUUGCACAAGAUAUAAUCACAUUGCGAAGAUGA